UUCCCACUCCAGUAUUCUGGCCUGGAGAAUUCCAUGGACUGUAGAGUCCAUGGGGUCGCAAAGAGUUGGACACAACUGAGUGACUUUCACUUUCAGUGGAAUCAUCCCCUCCCCACUUGGCUGUUUGAAUCAGAGAUUAGGUAGAAGUGGGGAAGCCCUUGUACUGGAAGAUGAAGGAAUGGAAGUGUGAAUGCCAGCUCUGUUUGACUUUUGCUCUCUGGGCCUCACUUCUCUCAUCUGUAAAAUGGGAAAUACUACUACCUCCCUACCUCCCAAGGGAAAUAGAAAGUUCAAAAGUUGACAAGCAUCAAAGAAUUGUGUUCCACGUCAGCAUCCACACGACUUGGAAAGUGGGAAUAAAGACUACCAGGAGCUCUCCUUUCGAAGGAGGUCUUAUCUUUAGCAGGAGAUAAAUGGGGUUGGGAAGCCACUAUUAAUGCGUUGGGUGUCUGGAGACGCUUGAGCUGAAGCCCGAGGGGAAGUCGUUGUCCGCGGUGCUGAAGCGCGUGAAAGGCGGAAGUGCCGCACUGCUAUUCAGGUUUCCAGUGUUCCUUGUGCAGGCGGGAUUCCUUGGAUCGAACCUGGGGGUGUUCUUCGAUUUCAGUCAUCCAAGCCUAUCAGGCUGACAGGGAGGAGGGGGCGCUAAAAUCAUACCUCAAGGUAUUCUGGGUUGCCCCAGCCGCUUUCCUUACCCCACCCCAGGCUCAAAACAAAUCUGAGAGAGACUUGAGGAGAAACCAGUCUGAGCCCCGCCCUGCAUUCAGCCCCUCCAGUCUUCCCAGCCCGUCAGGGCCGUUUGGCAGUGCGACGAGGUGAGAAAAGGCAGUAAUCAGCAGUCGUUCUGUCCAAGCUGGAAUCAAGGAAAGAACUGAAGAAGGUGGGAGAGUUGGGACCUGGCUGGCCAAGGCCUGAACUCAGUCCCAUUCUGAGAUCUUCAGAGUCGCUUCUGUCUGGCCAUAAAUAUUGUUCCGAGAUUGGGGCGCCCCCGUGUGGUCUUAGUGAAACCAUGCUUGCAGAGCUGAUUCCAGGUGGGGAUGUGGCCAGAUUAGGUUCCACGAAGUUCAGAGGUGACUCUCACCUCCUAAAUGUAGGAUUUUCAGCCAAAAAAUAUGGAAUCCCAGUCGGAGGAAUGGGAUCCCCGUAAGCUCUGUUAGAUGGUGUUAGUGGGCCCUGGAAGGGUUUACUUUGGUUAUAACCACAUAGGGGUGAGUCUAGGAAAGGGGUCAGGGCCAGGACUUCGGGUAGGGGCUUUUCCUCGAUGCAUUUGGCUGACAAUCAGCAUAUGAUGGGAGAGUGUGAACCCGCUGAACCAGGACAUAGCGACACAGAACAGUUCUAUGCCAGACAUUCAGAGCCAGAAGCCAGAGAUAGUAGGGGCACGUCCCUGCCAUCCCUCUGCCAUCCCAAUACACUGGGCAUUUCCUCCUCUUCCCUCCUACUCCCGCACCCAUUGGUCCAGGAAGUAUGGAAGUGUGGGGAGUUGCCAUGACAACUAAGUCCUCUAACCCUUCCCCUUCUCUGUCAAAAGUGGGAAGAGGAGGCGGCGACGCGGCAAUAAAAGGUAAUGUUUUCGCUCUCCGGAUCCUUUUUCAAAAAUCAUGGGUGCUCCCUUCCCCACGGGAAAUGCAGAAAAUGUUCCCAGAGAAGGCUCUGAGGGAGAGUGCGUGCUGCCCCUUUCCCGCCCCUCCCCAGUGUGAGAACUUUGGGGGCAGGUGCUUCAGACGAUGGGGGCCAGGGUGAGUUCCCCUCUUAUGACCUGGAGAGGACAGGAAGCGGAACACGACUCUACUGCCUGAGACUCCAGUCCUUGUGGGUUCGGCCCUCCCGCACCGCCCACACGGAGCCCACUCCUUGGGGGCGGAGAUCAGAACGCCCCGAGCCUUGGGGGCGGAGCUUGGCCACUGUGCUCUCGGCAGGACCAUGAACAGAUGCCCCCGCAGGUGCCGGAGCCCGUUGGGGCAGGCAGCGCGAUCCCUCUACCAGCUGGUGACUGGGUCACUGUCGCCAGACAGCGUGGAGGAUGAGUUUGAAUUGUCCACCGUGUGUCACCGGCCCGAGGGUCUGGAGCAGCUGCAGGAGCAAACCAAAUUCACGCGCAAGGAGCUGCAGGUCCUGUACCGGGGUUUCAAAAACGAAUGUCCCAGUGGAAUUGUCAAUGAGGAAAACUUCAAGCAGAUUUACUCUCAGUUCUUUCCUCAAGGAGACUCGAGCACAUACGCCACUUUUCUCUUCAAUGCCUUUGACACCAACCAUGAUGGCUCAGUCAGUUUUGAGGACUUUGUGGCUGGUUUGUCGGUGAUUCUUCGGGGAACCACAGAUGAUAGGCUGAACUGGGCCUUCAACCUAUAUGACCUCAACAAGGAUGGCUGUAUUACCAAGGAGGAAAUGCUUGAUAUCAUGAAGUCCAUCUAUGACAUGAUGGGCAAGUACACGUAUCCUGCACUCCGGGAGGAGGCCCCAAGGGAGCACGUGGAGAGCUUUUUCCAGAAGAUGGACAGGAACAAGGAUGGCGUGGUGACUAUUGAGGAAUUCAUUGAGUCUUGUCAAAAGGACGAGAACAUCAUGAGGUCCAUGCAACUCUUUGACAAUGUCAUCUAGCUCCCCAGGAGAGGGGGUCAGUUGCCCUGGGGGGACCAUGCUCUAGCCCUAGUCCAGGUGGACCUCACCCUUCUCUUCCCAGGUCUGUCCUCAUCCUAGCUCUACCCUGGGGGCUAUAGGAAUCCAAGAGCCUGGGGAUUUGGUGGUCCAUACAGCUGGAGCUGAGGAGGGUAGGGAGUGGGCAUAGUGUAUCUGUGGGGGUGUUCUCGACUCCCAACAGCUCCCCCUUCCUGCCUGAAACUCAGUGCCGAGGUUGCCCUGUUAUGGGAAUUGAGUGGUCCUUCCCCUCCCACCCCCCAACUGAGAAACCACAACACUAGGCAAAAUUUCUCCUGCUAUGGUGCUUCCUCCAUCCCUGAUCUCAUAAACAUUUCCCCUAAGAUUCCCUUAUAAAAAGGCUCUUCUGUCCUUGCCACUGACUGGCCUUUCAGGCCAGGGCCUUUAACAGUGCUGUAGGAGGGGGUCAAGAAUGUGGAGGGAGUAACCUUGGGCCCAAGCCAGUGGGUAGGCCCUAGGAGGCAAUUGCGGUAGAGAGCAGAAAGGCCUGGGGCUUGUCAGUGACAGCAUACCAGGCUGUAGCUUUGAGCUCUACAGGUCUGCCACCCCAAGCCAUCAGAAUAUGUGUUUCCAGGCUCCUCAGAAAACCUUGGAAAUAUCCCCAGAAAAUUUCCAUAUACUCCUCAGUAUCCCAGGAGAACUUGGGAUCUGGGUUUUGGCAGAUCCCUGGAAUUUCUUCCUCUCCUUCCUUCCUGUUUGGGUAGUGGUGGUGGCAGCAGGGGGAAGAUGGGUGGGAGCUGCUUGACUGAUACCUGCCAAAGUUUCAGCCUACCUUCUCUGAUGACUACAACUUAAGUUUUCAUUUGCCAUUUCCUCUAGACCUGGAGGCAUGGAGUAAGUCAGGGACCACCCUGUGGAUGCCUUAGGAGAAAAAGGAAGGAGGCAGACAUAGCAUUUGAACCCAGUGUGGGGCAUUUUUGAGAAUUUUUGAUAUACCCAGGCUCUAUUCCUGCCUCCCCACAUAGCCUCCUCAUAGCCUACUCAGAGUUUCCUCUUGCUCUAGUCAAUCUACCCAGAGAUGCCCCUGAGCACACCUUGAUGGCAGGGACCAUAGGAUCCAGGUCCCACCUCACUGUCAGCAGCCCUGACACACUGCUACCCUUUACUAUAUCUGCUUGUCCCAUUUAGCUCACUUUCCCAGUCAGCUGUGAAUUGAGGCGGAGGGCCCCCAUGGAGCCCCCUUUCCCAUAAGAACACUGUUGACUACUUUGCAUUUUUGGUUCCUCUGUAAUUUUUGUAAAAUAAGAAAUCACCAGAUCCAAUAAAACACAAUGGCUAUGCACA